CUUGAAGCUGCCGGGGGAACUUGAAGAGAGCAGGAGGAGGAGGAGGAGGAGGAGAGGAAGGAUUGAUAUAACCAGAGCGGCUUUCGAUGGGCAGCACAAUUUUCUCUCACUCCAAGAGUUUGAGCUGAGACCGAUAGACGGGGAGCGGGCUUUCCAUUCAUUUCGGCAACUUUUUCUUGCGCGGAUCCGUUCAACUUUUAUUCACGCUCACCUACUUUUUCCCCCCCCAUUUUUGUCUUUUACUUUUUUUUCCUCCCCCUUCUUAUUCUCUUACUUCUAUAAUCCACGACAAGCCGUCAUUACCGAGAGACGCCGCGGUAUCUCCGAGUGGGAAAGCUUAGUAUUUAAAAGGACUCUCCCAGAUCCUGACACUUUUUUCCCUCCUCCUCUUCCUCCUCUUCCUCCUCCAAGACCUGCAGCGCGCUGCGGGAUUCCGAGCCGAAAACUGCGAGUUCUUCAAUGCAACAGUACGUGUAUGAGAAAGCGAUGGCCCAAGAGACGAGGAACGGCGGAAGCUCUACGUUAAACAACAACAACGGCGUGGACACCAGCAAGAAGAAGCUGCUCAUAGCGCUCGACAUCUUCUGCCUCCUGCUCGCUAUGCUGCCGAGCCUGGUUCUGCAUCGUUCAUCUGUUCGUCCAUACCAGAGGGGGUUCUACUGCAGUGACUCCAGCCUGAAAUACCCCUACAAGAGGAGCACCGUGCCCUCUUCAGUGCUGGUUUCUGUUGGUCUGACACUGCCCAUGGUGUCCAUUGUGAUCGGAGAAUGCUUCAGGAUUCACCAGCUGCACGUGGGAACCAAGUCGUUUGUUGGGAAUUCUUACGUGGCGGCGCUCUACAAACAGAUAGGCGUGUUUCUGUUCGGCUGUGCCGUCAGCCAGUCGUUCACGGACAUCGCCAAGGUGUCGGUGGGUCGGAUGAGACCCCACUUCCUAGACGUCUGCAAACCGGACUUCUCCACCAUCAACUGUUCCCUCGGAUACAUCACCAACUACACUUGCACCGGGGACGAGAGCGAAGUGCAGGAAGCCAGGAAAUCCUUCUUCUCAGGACAUGCCUCCUUUUCCCUGUUUAGUAUGCUCUACUUGGCUUUCUACAUCCAGUCCAGGUUCACUUGGCGCGGCGCUCGCCUCCUCCGCCCGUUGCUCCAGUUCACCUUGGUGAUGAUGGCCUUCUACACCGGAUUGUCACGCAUCUCCGACCACAAGCACCACCCGACCGAUGUGCUGGCGGGAUUUGUGCAGGGAGCCCUGGUGGCCUACUGCAUAGUGUUCUACGUGUCCGACCUGUUCAAGCCGGGGCUGAAGCUGGCCACGCCGCCGCCCUCCCCGAUCAAGAAGGAGCUGCUGCCUUCGUCCGACAUUAUCGACAGGAACAACCACCACAACAUGGUGUGAGGGAGGCCCCACUUCCUUCGCCCUGACCGAGGAGCCAAUCGCAGCGCUGCUCAUCACUCCCCUCUCCCUCCCCCACUACAACCCCAAGCCCCUCAUCGGACAGUAGAAUGUAGCGACAAGAGACUGUAGCUGCUUCCUCCUCACCAUCCUCCCAGUGAGGCGCUCCAUGUGGACUAGGGUGUCAGAUUUGAGAUUUGCACAGCAGAGUCCACUCUCACUACCCAGACUUGUUGUCUCCCUAAUAUACUGGUAACUACUAAUCAACAUUUGAGCCCAUCUGUUUGUCUGUCGGAGCACAAGCAGAGAAGAACCUGAGAGAUGAACGAGAAAAAAAACAAACAAAAAAAAAACGAUGAAAACUGAUGAGCUGACGGCAGGAACUGCAGUUGCAGAGGUUUGACUGAAGCGGAGCCACACGAAUGAAACCGGUGGACUGUAAAACCCCUGAGCAGCGAGGAGACGGACGCUUCCUCUCCCAACCCUGUGAGGCCUUGGACAACAACUUCCUCAACCGAGGGAAGGAUCUUAACUUCAAUAGUUAUAAGCGAGAUAGAAAUAUGUAACUGAAAGCACUGUUUGAACUUCAUUGUCCGUUAUCACCACUUGCUGCCUGAGUUGUUUGGCCGAUAAAGGAAUAAAAAAACAAAAAAAAAACUUGACAGCGUUGAGCCCUGAGACGGGGUCACGUCUUGACCGACGCAAAACUCAAAGGCCUUUCGCAGAGCUCUUUUUGGAAAGUGCACAGCCUUACAUUGUCUCUGUCUCAGCAUCAGCCUGUCAUGUUUUUUUCUUUUUUUUGUUUGUUUUUUUUUUGCGAUCGACUCUCAGUGCAGCCCAAACCCGGGACGUUGCAGUUCUUGAAGGUAGACGUAGUAACGGGAGGGAGGGGGGGCAAAGGGAGCAUUGUCUGUGGAAUAAGGCAGGUUUUCCUCCCAGCAGCUUCCCGACAGCCGUGUGGCAGGCGUGGCUGCGCCGUGCCUCCGCCCGGCGUUGGGGGGCCACCUGCCUGGGAUCCCAGACAGGUGGAGGAAGCGAGAGGGGCCCGUUACCAUAGAGAACGGGGUCAUGAGCUCCAACUAAAGCUGGCACAUCGUUUUAGGGAUGAUUCAGGCUCCUUCUGCUGGCAGGGAGGAGCGUUCACCCACCCAAUCCGUCAUCGGCAAUGGAUGCUCGUCUCUCAGUGCGCAUGUGUGUUUGUGUGUCUGUGUGUGCGCGCGUGUUUGCGCUUGUUGUCGUAUGUUACGUCGUGUGUGUGUAGCAGCGCUGUGCCCUGUGAAAAGGAACUCCCUCUUGAUAAAACUGUGGUGUGUGUGUGUGACAGUUAAAAACACACACGAAGCACGCCGUCGGCUGUGCAAAGUGUGCGUUGGCGUGUGCCACUGUGUGUCGCGGAGCGAGAUGAAUGUUCUAAAAACUGUGGAUCUAAUAUUUUAUCUGAGGAGCAUCUUUAACCUUGCAUGUGUAGAGGUAGCCCUGUGUAAUCACUAACAGUUACCGGACACAGAGGUGCUUUUUUAUUUUUUAUUUACAGCCCACCCAGACUUCCUCAUCCAACAACACACCACUAUGUUGCACAUCUUUUCUUUUCUUCCACUGUAUAGUCCGUCCUAUCAAUUUCACCAAGCCGUUCUCACUCUUUUAUUUUUAUUUUUUUUAUAUAAAUAUAUAAAUAAUGUAUAGAUCACUAAUAUGAACUCUGUAAAAUAUUGUUUAACAUGUUUUAGAUAUAUCCACUAUAAUUACAGACCUGUGUUCUUUACAAAAUGCUGCUUAAAAAGCAUCGAUUGACAAGAUUCUUUUGUAUUUAGAUGAAACUAUUGUAGAUUGUAAUAGUUACGUUUGUAAUGUGCAUUAAAAACAAUACACCCUCGAUUGUAUUGAAACUCAAUAUUAGUAUUUUUGUAUCAUCUCGUUCUUUUUUUUUGUACAAACAAAAUGUAGCUAUGCUGUUUUUGUUUUUUCUUUUUUUUCCUGCUAAAUGUAUUUAGCUCUGAUAUAUGUGCUUUUAAAUAAAAAGCUCAUUAUGAACACAUA